UCAACCCUAAACUAUAUUAUCCGAAAUACAGAGCUAUAAGCUAAAGCAAAGCGCUCGUCUCUCCCUUCUUCAAUCAAUCAAUCAAUCAGUAUGCACCUAUUUGUUGAAAAUUCGUUACUGAAAUUUAUUGAAAAGAUAAACUCAUAGAGGAAUGAUGAACUAUAUUAAAACAUACUUUCUUACUAAUACCAAAAACGACUUUAAUUAACCCUAUUUGUGUACGGAAAAGUUUUUAAAAAUUGUUUUUGAUUUGCUCCUACUUGGCUUAAAUUUAUAAGCCUGGGUAUGCAUAAUCUUACAAAUGUAAAAUGAAAUACCAUCGUAGUAAUGGAAACAAUAUAGAAAACGCUUUAAAAAGUUCAUUUCCAUGCAGAUCUAAUUCAUAUAUUAUCUUCUUUUUACGGAAAAGAAAAAUCGAUGUAAAUGAUAAAAUAUCUUCUUGCUGACAGUAAAUAAAAUUCUUAUUGUGCGUGCAUAAAUCUUUUUAUUUUAAAGAUUGCGUUUUCUGUACGAUUUAUAUCAUCAAUAAACUAUUCAUUAAGUGUGUGUAAUUUCUUUCUGGCAAUAGGAAGCAUUAUUAAAGGCAAUUUCAUUCUAUGUUGGCAGUAACAUUCUAUGUUGUGAUACUGACAGCAAAUGCUGUCAGUGCAAUGUGUGUCACAGUUGCAGUGAUGUUCUGAGGGGAAAAUAUUUACACAUAUGGAAAUUUAACGUUUCUAGUUUGUGUGUUCAUAAGUUUCCAAGUGUAGUUCAUAAUUAUACUUCUUUAUUGUGCAACAUUUUACUUCGGUUCUAAAAAGUGUACAAAAAGAAGUAGUUUCAUUUAAUUUUUUUGAAUUCAUAAUAUGAAAAUAAUUUAUUUAAGCAGUCAUUGUAAUAAAUUAAUCAAGGAAAGAAGAAUAAUUUGGUUUAAGUAACACUUUAAACAGGCUUUUCAUGCAGUGCAUUAUUAAAUAGUUACAGAUAAUCAAGAUGUCUGUCACUUUCAUAAUACACAUAUGAUUUGAUAUUUAUAUGCAAGAAAUUUAAAUUGUGAUUUUCCUGUUCAUACUGAGAAAAUAUUUUCUGUAUUCUGUUAAGGCAAUUUUAUAGAAACUUUUUUAACCUUCUCAUAUUUAUUUUAGUAAGAAAAAUUUUUAUUUUCUUUAUUUAUAAUGAGCCAUAUUUCUGCAGUGUCUGUGUGAAUAAAUUACUAAUGAAAUCAAAUUUGAUAAUUCUAUGUUCAAAACAAUUAAUAUCAAUAUUUAUUCAUGUUCUUUUUUAAGAUAUGUCUAAUAACAAAUAACAUUAAUUUUACACUGUCUUAAACUGCAUUCCUUCAUAGUGUAUUGAAUCUAAUACAUGAAGUUGCACAUUAUUUCUGCAUUUUUUGUGUGCUAAAAAAACAUAAAGUUAAAUAAUUUAGUUUGGUAUGUUCAACAAUUAUUAUAUUAUUAAAGUUAUUUGUGAAAAGUAGAAAAUAUUUAGAUAUCAAUAUAAUUUAAAUUAAUGAUUUCACAGAUGCAUCUAUUAUAAUAAAUCAUAUGUCUGCAGUAAGGUGAUCAUAUUUCUACACUAUUAUAUUGUACUUAGUUAAAAAUUAAGUCUAAGUUAGUGUCUUGAUACAGCACGCUCUUCUUUGUAUCAUGUUAUUAAAGGCCUAAUUUAAUUCAGAAUAAGUAUCAUCCUGUAAGUAAACUUUAUUCUUGUUAUUCUAACAAGAGUUUUUUUAGAAAAAGACUGACUAAACACUAAAAUUCACACUGGUGAAAAAUCUUAUUCUUGUAGUUAUAUAAAAUUAGAGUUUCUUACAAAAAAGUAAUCUGACAAAACUUAGUCGUGUUCAUACUGGGGAGAAGCCUUAUUCUUGCAUAUGUAAUGUAAUAAAAUUUUAGUUAAUUAUAUUUAUUAUAAUUAAUUAUAUAUAAAUUUUAAUAAUUAAAAUUUAAUUCAUUGUAUAUGUAAUAAAAGUUUUUCACUAAAAGGUAGUCUGAAAAGCAAAGUCGUGUUCAUACUGGGUAGAAACCUUCUUCUUGUAGUAUAUGUAAUUUCAGAAAAAAGUAAUAUGACUAAACACAGUUGUGCUCAUACUGGUGAGAAGCCUUAUUCUUGUAGUAAAUGUAAUAAGAGUUUUUCAGAAAGAGGAACUCUGAAUGAGCACUGUCGUGUUCAUACUGGGGAGAAGCCCUAUUCUUGUAGUAUAUGUAGUAAAAGUUUUUCACUAAAAGGUAAUCUGAAAAAACAUAGUCGUGUUCAUACUGGUGAGAAGCCUUAUUCUUGCAGUAUAUGUUAUAAGAGUUUUUCUCAACGUGAGCAUCUGAAUAAACACAGUCUUGUUCAUACUGGUGAAAAGCCUUAUUCUUGUAGUAUAUGUAAUAAAAAGUUUUCACGAAAAAGUCAUCUCACUGCACACAGUCGUGUUCAUACUGGUGAGAAACCUUAUUCUUGUAGUAUAUGUAAUAAGAGUUUUUCUCAAAGCGAGCAUCUGAAUAAACACAGUCUUGUUCAUACUGGUGAGAAGCCUUAUUCUUGUAUUAUAUGUAAUAAAAGUUUUUCACUAAAAGGGAGUCUGAUAAAACACAGUAGUGUUCAUACUGGUGAGAAGCCUUUUUCUUGUAGUAUAUGUAAUAAGAAUUUUUCUCAAAGUGAGCAUCUGAAUAAACACAGUCUUGUUCAUACUGGUGAGAAGCCUUAUUCUUGUAGUAUAUGUAAUAAAAAAUUUUCACGAAAAAGUUCUGUCACUAUACACAGUCGUGUUCAUACUGCUGAGAAGCCUUAUUCUUGCAGUAUUUGUGAUAGGAGUUUUUCUCAAAGUGCACAUCUGAAUAAACACAGUCUUGUUCAUACUGGUGAAAAGCUUUAUUCUUGUAGUAUAUGUAAUAAAAGUUUUUCGCUAAAAGAUAAUCUGAAAAAACACAGUGGUGUUCAUACUGGUGAGAAGCCUUAUUCUUGUAGUAUAUGUAAUAAGAGUUUUUCACAUAAAGUGACUUUGAAUAAACACUGUCGUGUUCAUACUGAGGAGAAAUCUUAUUCUUGUAUAAAGGCAGUCUUGUUUAUACUGGGGAGAAGCCGUAUUCUUGUAGUAUAUGUAGUUUCAGAAAAAAGUAAUAUGACUAAACACAGUCGUGCUCAUACUGGUGAAAAACUUUAUUCUUGUAGUAUAUGUAAUAAAAGUUUUUCACUAAAAGGUAAUCUGACAAAACAUAGUCGUGUUCAUACUGGUGAAAAACUUUAUUCUUGUAGUAUAUGUAAUAAGAGUUUUUCAAGAAGAAGUGCACUGACUAUACACAGACUUGUUCAUACUGGUGAAAAACCUUAUUCUUGUAGUAUAUGCAAUAAGAGUUUUUCAGAAAAGAGUAAUAUGACUAAUCACAGUCGUGUUCAUACUGGUGAAAAACCUUAUUCUUGUAGUAUAUGUAAUAGGAGUUUUUCAAGAAGAAGUACACUGACUAUACACUGUCGUGUUCAUACUGGAGAAAAACCUUAUUCUUGUAGUACAUGUAAUAAGAGUUUUUCAACAAGAAAUACACUUAUUAGACACAGUCUUGUUCAUACUGGUGAAAAAUCUUAUUCUUGCAGAAUAUGUAAUAAGAGUUUUUCAACAAGAGGUACGCUAACUAUACACAGUCUUGUUCAUAGUGGUGAAAAACCUUAUUCUUGUAGUAUAUGUAAUAAGAGUUUUUCAGAAAGAAGUAUUCUGAAUAAACACAGUCUUGUUCAUACUGGUGAAAAACCUUAUUCUUGUAGUAUAUGUAAUAAGAGUUUUUCAAAAAGUAUAAGACUGACUAAACACAGUCUUGUUCAUACUGGUGAAAAGCCUUAUUCUUGUACUAUAUGUAAUAAAAGUUUUUCACUAAAAGGUACUCUGAAAAAACACAGUCGUGUUCAUACUGGUGAGAAGCCUUAUUCUUGUAGUACAUGUUAUAAGAGUUUUUCUCGAAGUGACCAUCUGAAUAAACACAGUCUUAUUCAUACUGGUGACAAGCCUUAUUCUUGUAGUACAUGUUAUAAGAGUUUUUCUCGAAGUGAGCAUCUGAAUAAACACAUUCUUAUUCAUACUGGUGACAUGUCUUAUUCUUGUAGUAUAUGUAACAAACAAUUUUUACUAAAAAGUCAUCUCGCUACUCACAGUCGUGUUCAUACUGGUGAGAAGCCUUAUUCUUGUAGUAUAUGUAAUAAGAGUUUUUCUCAAGGUCAGAAUCUAAAUCAACACAUUCUUGUUCAUACUGGUGAGAAGCCUUAUUCUUGUAGUAUAUGUAAUAAAAAAUUUUCACGAAAAAGUCAUCUCACUAUACACAGUCGUGUUCAUACUGGUGAGAAACCUUAUUCUUGUAGUAUCUGCAAUAAAAGUUUUUCUCAAAGUGAGCAUCUGAAUAAACACAGUAGUAUUCAUACUGGUGAGAAGCCUUAUUCUUGUUGUAUAUGUAAUAAAAGUUUUUCACUGAAAAGUUAUCUGAAUAAACACAGUCGUAUUCAUGCUGGUGAGAAGCCUUAUUCUUUUAAUACAGUCAACCCCACUUAAAGGAAUACCAUUGGUUCCAGCCAACUCUAUUUCAUUAAACAGGUUAUUCGAUUAAGAGGGUAGUGCAUUAUUUAAUCUUAAAUCUUUAACUAAAUUUUACUUCUAAAUGGUAUUUAAUAUAUAGUAUAAGGUUUUGAUUGAAUAAUUAUAAUUAAAACUAUCAAUAUUCGUAUUAUUAAAUACAAAUCUCAUUUAAAGUAAUAAUAAAAUAUAUUAAUGCUAAUGGAAAAUAUUAUAUACGUAACAUAAUAUUAUCUAAUUUUAUUUUAAAAAAAUCUGUAAUGGAAGACUGUUUUGAUACACGCUUAAUUGAACAUUUUCCUGCUUUUUUUCUCAAGUUGUACAGUACAUUAUAAUCCACUCCAUUACAUUCGAAAUGCCGUGCUCAUUAUUGAACCAACUCGGGAGUUAUUCACUGAAGUAAGCUAUGAUUAUUCUACUUUAAAGGGAACCUUGUAUAGUGUGAAAGCAGGUUUUUUUUAAACUACAUCUUAUUAAAACAAAUAAUGCAAAGGAACUAGAAGUUUUUACCAUAAAAUAAAUAAAUCACUCUAUACCUUCCGGCUGUGCAAGUGAAUAGUGUCAAAACCCUCUCCGUUUACUCUGAUGUACAACUGCUGGUAACAUUUGAUUAAUGCUUAAACUAUUAACACCUGUUUAGAGCAGCAAAUGAAUAGGAAGUGCCAUUGAAGUGAUUACCAAAUGUAUCUUCUUAACAGAAAAACGGAAAUUCCAUUCUAGCUGGUGAAAUCUUUCUUAAAAAUAUAUGUAUUAAAAAAUGUUCAUUACAGUUCCUCUUCUUUAUGCAAUUAAGUGAAAGCUAGAAACAACAAAUAAACAUUUAAGUGGGGAAAUGUAACAUUAGUUUCAUAUAAAAUGAUUUGGUUCCAUUAAAUUUUAUUCGCAUAAGCGGAUUAUGUGAUUAAGUGGGGACGACGGUAUAUGUCAUUAGAAUUUUUCGCUAAAAUGUCUGAUAAAGCACAGCCGUGUUCAUAUUGGUGAGAAGCCAUAUUCUUGUAGUAUAUGUGAGUUUUUCAGAAAGAGUGUUUCAGAGUAAACAUUGCCAUGUUCAUAUUGGGGAGAAACCUUAUUCUUGUUGUAUAUUUAAUAAAAGUUUUUCACUAAAAGGUAUUUUGAGAAAACUGUUGUGUCCAUACUGGUGAAAAGCCUUAUUUUUGUAGUAUAUGUUAUAAGAGUUUUUCUCAAAGUCAUCAUCUGAAUAAACACAGUCUUGUUCAUGCUGGUGAGAAUCCUUAUUCUUGUAGUAUAUGUGAUAAGAGUUUUUCUCAAAGUGAGCAUCUGACUAUCUCGUUCAUACUGGUGAGAUGCCUUAUUCUUGUAGUAUAUGUAAUAAAAAAUUUUCACGAAAAAGUUCUCUCACUAUACACAGUUGUGUUCAUACUGGUGGGUUUUAGUAUAAUGGAAUGAGAGUUUUUCUCUGAAAUGUGAUCUGACUAAAUACAGUAUUGUUGAUACUAGUGACACACAAUAUUUUUGAAGUAUAUGUGAUAAAAUAGUUUUUUAAAUAACAGGGAUCUAAAUGUUUGCAUUCAUGUUCAUAUUGGUUUUAAUUUACCUUGAUUACUAGAUUAUAUUACUUUAUUUGCAACCAGUUAUGUUCGACUAAAAUAUAAAUUGUUAUUUAUUUUCUUAGCAUUAGAAUCCUGAGUUCAAGUUAAUAUAUUUUUUUUAAUGAAAAAAAAGACUUCUAGCAACUUUUAAUUUAAAUUAUUUGUAACAUCUUUUAUUUAAUAAAUCUUUUCUAAUACAUGUUGUGCAAUUAUUUUUAAUAAAGUAGCUCUUGUAAUUGUA